AUGCAAGUCAAAACUUCAUGUGCCUAUUUGACCCCAUGCUGGAGCUUUUUCUAUGCCGAGUUUUACAACCCGACUGCAUGGUUGCUUCCUGCCUGGUUGCUUCCAUGGAUGGAAAAGAGUUGUUCUAAUUGGGUGGAAGAUUUUGCUACAUCAUGGCUUGACAAUCAAGCAGAGACUUUAGUCCUGUACAUUGCUUUCGGUCCGAAUGCGAAUUUGAGCCGAGAAACUAUGAAUGAAGUUGCUUUUGGUAUUGAAGCCUCCGGUCUGGCUUUCUUAUGGGAUCUGAGUAAUGACUUAGUGGACUUAUUGCCAGAAGUGUUUGAGGAUCGGACUACUGACCGCGGCUUCAUUUGGAAAUCUUCUUCACCUCUUGAUAUUAGGGUUUUAGCCCAUUUGGAAAUCUUCUUCACUUGUGACAUCUUCUUCACAUACUAA